UAGUUUUUCGCGCCUCGUCAUCUGCUUGAAGCCAUGUCUGGAAGAAAGGGAAAGACCAGGGAACCCAAGGAGGACAAUGUGACCCUUGGACCUGCUGUAAGAGAGGGAGAACAUGUUUUUGGUGUCGCUCACAUUUUUGCCUCAUUCAAUGACACAUUUAUUCAUGUGACUGACUUGUCUGGAAGGGAAACAAUGGUUCGCAUAACCGGUGGUAUGAAGGUCAAAGCUGAUAGGGAUGAAUCUUCCCCAUACGCAGCCAUGCUUGCAGCACAAGAUGUUUCUCAAAGAUGCAAGGAACUGGGUAUUACUGCCCUUCAUAUAAAGCUCCGAGCUACUGGAGGGAACAAGACUAAAACCCCUGGUCCUGGUGCCCAGUCUGCACUUAGGGCUCUUGCUCGUUCUGGCAUGAAAAUUGGUCGCAUAGAGGAUGUCACCCCAAUCCCCACUGACAGCACCCGCAGAAAGGGUGGCAGGCGUGGAAGAAGGCUGUGAUUCUUUGCUUCAUAUCUGUUCUUCAACUGCUAUCGUGAUACUGAGAUAUCUAGUAGUCUGUCCUUUUUGUGCUAGUUAAAAUGCAAAGUAUGAUAUGGUUGCACAUUUGUAGUGCUGAAUUGGUUUUGGUUGACAUUGACGUCUGAGUUUUACAUAGAACAAAAGUUGGCUAGACUAUUUGCCACCAUUUUCUAGCGCUUCUAUUUCAAUUAGUCAUUUAGUUUUUCAUACACAUCUGAGUUUACGCAUGAUCAUUGCUGCGCUUGGGCAAUCGGGGUACUUAUUAUUGUUGAUAACUUGUGUGUUUGUUUGCUUUGAUGUUUAUUGAAGGGAAAAGAUGAAAUGAUAGAAUGAAUGAUUUUGUUAUAU